AUGGGGCUGCCUCGGAGGGCAGGGGACCCGGCGGAGCAGCGCAAGAGCCUGAAGCCACUGCUGGAGAAGCGCCGCCGCGCGCGCAUCAACGAGAGCCUGAGCCAGCUCAAGGGCCUCAUCCUGUCGCUGCUGGGCAGGGAGAGUUCCCGCUUCUCGAAGCUGGAGAAAGCGGACAUCCUGGAAAUGACGGUGCGCUUCCUGCAGGAGCUGCCUGCGUCCUCCUGCCCGACGGCAGCGCCCACGCCCUCCGACAGCUACCGCGAGGGCUACCGAGCCUGCCUGGCGCGCCUGGCCCGCGUGCUACACACCCGCCGCGUCCUAGAGCUCACCGUGAGCGCUCGCCUGCUGGAGCACUUGCGCCGGAGGGCGGCCAGCGCCACCCGCGACGGCGAGCACGCGGGGGACUCCUGCGGCCCGCCCGCGCCCUCGCCACCUGCGCCUCCUCGGGACCCAGGCCUCUGGCGGCCCUGGUAG